UCCAAUUCGAACCCAAACGUCACGAGGGCAAAGUGCAAAGUGUAUUGGUACACAAACAAGAACAUAAAAAACUUCUGUAUAAGAGAUCAAAAAUGGAUUAUAAGUGACAAAAUAUAUUUAAAGGAAAACUUCUAAUGGAUGCACUGGUUAUAGACCCAGCAAUUCAAGAUGUCAUAGGUAGAAAUCUGGGUUAUGACAAUGUUAGUGAUUAUUUGGACAUAGAUUUACUAGAUCAGUAUUUACAGAAUGAAAAAACAUGCCUGCCUGAAGAGACGAUACCCGCCAUAGCCUAUAGUCGGCCAUUACAGUCAUCUCAGAACCACCAUCACCAUGUCAACAACAUAAAUCUGCCAUCAAGUACAUCAUCACCUCCACAUGUACCGGUACCGACAUCUAACUACAAUCACCUGAGAACACACGCCAUUCUAAAUGGACAAAAUCAUUGCUAUGACAACCCUGCAAUGCAUCCAACACUGCCUGACAGCCCACCUGAUUCAGAGCCGUAUUCACCACCUGAUGGACAUCAUAAUCCAGCAGGAAUAGUAACUACACAAGAAAACAAAUACGGUGUGAACCCCACGAUGCAUCACAUGUAUCCACCGAGCCACCACAGGCCUCCAGGAAUUCACACCAAGCCUAUUCCAUCAGGGUAUAAUGAGCCACCUGUAUUAAACCACAUGCCACCUGCUCCAGUAUCUCACCCUGAUCCUUCAUCAUCCACACCUUUACCUCUCUCUGCUCCAGGCAUGAACCCUCAAAUGAUCUCACCUCCUCACAGAUUCAGACAUGAACCAGCAGAUUCACAGAUGAUCUCUUCUUCUUAUAGUAUUCCAUCACGUCCAGCCAAGAGAAAGUACCCUGAUUCACCAAACAAUACUUUAACCAAUGUACUACUGAAUGGACGGCAAGAUAUGUUACCUAUUAAACAGGAACCUAAUUCCAGUUUUGGUGGCUACCUAGAUUGUGAAGAAGAUUAUCAAUAUGACCCAGAUUCUAGUAAUUCUGGUUUCAUGGACUCCUCUUACCAAGUGAUCAAAUGGCAGGCAUUCAAUGUUCAGAAGUGGACAGCAUUAACCGAUUCAAAUCUCAAAGAUCUACCACCGCCUCAAUACCGUAUAGAUUCUGACAAAGGAUUUAACUUUUCUACACCUGAUGAAGCUUUCGUAUGUCAGAAAAAGAAUCAUUUCCAGGUCACAGCACACAUGGCAAUUGCUGGUGACCCUAGAUAUGUCCGAACACCAGAAGGGGUCAAGAAAAUUGAUGCUUUUCAUUUACAUUUCUAUGGUGUAAAGUCAGAGUCACCAUCCCAAACAAUCAAAAUAGAACAGUCACAAUCAGACAGAAGUAAAAAGCCUUUCCAUCCUGUUAGAGUGGAUAUUAUACCAAAUCAAACCAAUAAAAUGACUGUUGGUCGUCUACACUUUAGUGAGACAACUUCUAAUAAUAUGAGAAAGAAAGGGCGACCUAAUCCUGAUCAGCGAUACUUUAUGUUAGUCGUGGCAUUACAUGCACACUGUGGUGACAAUGAUUAUAUGGUGGCAGCACAAUCAUCGGAGCGUUUGAUUGUCAGGGUGAGUUUCAAGGCGUCCAAUCCUGGUCAGUUUGACAGUGAUGUAGAUGUGAUGUGGCAGAAAGCUCAGACUCCAGAUGGAGUAUACCAUGUGGGUAGGGUAGGAGUAAACACUGACCACCCUGAAGAGGCACUGACUGUCCAUGGUAACAUGAGAUUGACUGGUCAUUUGCUCCAACCCUCAGAUAAAAGGGUUAAAGAUGAUAUUAAAGAGGUUAAUUCAAAGGAUCAACUAAAGAAUGUUGCUCAACUGAAUAUAUACAAAUAUAAAUAUAAACAGGAUUUCGCUGACACUGUAGGAAUGCCUGAACAUCAGCGCCAUGAUACUGGUGUAUUGGCACAGGAAGUGCAAAAUGUACUUCCUGAUGCUGUCAUGGAAACAGGGGAUGUUGCACUGAAUUCUGGGAAACAGGUUAAUAACCUGUUAGUUGUAAAUAAGGAUCGUAUUUUCAUGGAGAAUGUUGGUGCAGUUAAAGAAUUGUGUAAAUUAACAGACAAUUUAGAAGUGAGAAUUGAUGAACUUGAAAAAAUGAACAAAAAAUUAUCCAAAUUAAAACGUUACGAUAGUUUAAAAUCAACAGUCAGUUCGAAGUCAUCAUGUAGUGUUAGCACAGUAAGUAGUACACCACCAAAGAAAUCAUCAUCAUCAUCACCAAGUCACAAAUAUCGUCAUAGUUCAUCGCACAAUCAUCAACAUGGCAGCAGAAAGACGUCGCCUCCUACAGACAACGGAUGGUGCAGCAAUCGCUUUAUACAAAUAAUAAUUAUCACCUUAAUACUCAUCAUGGCUUUCUGUCUUGUAGCAAUAACUGUAUUAUAUAUAUUGGAGAGACAUAAAGAUUCACAAGACACAACAAGUAGUUCACCCUCCGACAAUGAUGCUAAGUCACAAUUACAUAUUGGAGGAAAAAAUCAUACACUAUCUACGACAACGUUGUCGUCUAUCACACAAUCUAUACUGCAUUCAACAUCUAUAAAAUCUACCACCACAGCACACACUUCUGAUGGAUUGCCUGUGAUACCACACGAACCUGGUGAAUGUUUCUGUUGUCCUCCACCUUAUCGGGACGAUGAAGGAGGUUGGCCUUAUCCAUAUGUCACUCCACAAAUCAUCAUUCAGCCACAAAAUAACCAACCCCCCUAUAUAAUUGUUGAUAAUAACCAUACAGAGAUGAACAACUCAAAGGAGGAGACCAAUGAACUUCCUGGGGAGGAAAAAACUACAACCAAGAAACCUGAUGAUAAUAACAUCAUUGUAGUUAUAAACAACUCUAAUGGACCACAAUACAGUAACGUUGGCAACGUUAAUACUAACGAGAUACAAAACACAUUGAUCAGGAACAGAAGGAAGAAGAGACAUGCGGUUGACCUUCAUGCAGAGAUUAUUGUCAGUCAUUUAAACAAAACAUUAGCAACAGUAGAUGAAACCUAUUGUGAUACAGACCUUCAUAAUCCCUGUACAGCAUACAAUAAAACUUACAUGGUUAUAUAUAGUAUGUUUUGGGACAUAAGAACAUCCUUUAUGCUAUCAUUUGGAGUAUCAUCAGAUGUUAAUGUGACUUUGUGUCUUACCAAAACACAUCAAAAUUGUGCUAGAAAUAUGAAUUAUAAUGAUCUGCAUUAUAUACAACCUCAUCAGUGGCGUGUACCUGUAACACAAUUCUUCACCAGUGAUUAUAUAUAUAGAAUUGCUGAAAAGGGAACUGCAGAUGUAUGUUCAUUACCCACAGAAAGACUGGGAGAUUUUCAUGAACACCAUAUAAGGUUUGUCCGAGAGUGUAAUAAAGAUUCUUGUCCUAGCAAGAAAUGAGAUUGUUCUAAGAACACAGAUGCUGGAUGAUAAUGUAUGCAUGAGAACACUGGUGUUAGAUGUUCUACACAAUAACACCAAUGCUAGCUGAUAAUAUCAGCACACUGGUGUACUAAGGGGAAAACGGUGACAGAUCG